AGAAAAGUCUCCAGUCUUUCCAGUUGGGUCUCAGUUAUUUGAGGUCGCUGGCAUUUCCGCAGCGGCUGGAGUGAUUCGCCUGUGCUAAUUUUAGGUGGGUAUUGCGGAAUCACGUCAACAGUCCCUUCGUGCGAGAGAUGUGUGUUUGGGUGGGUUAGUAUCUGCGGGACCGUGAUGAUUUGUUGUGGCGUGAUCGAUUGUAAAAGCUAGUUUGGAACCCCUGGUGGUAUCCUUGCAAGUGUUCUUCACACGAGAGGAAGGGGAGCGAUGGAAGUGGUCUCGAAGCUCUGAAUUCGUCGAUUUUUUUGGAACGGGACGGGGGCUGCUUUCCCAAUGUGAGUUGCUCUGUAGGAGCGAAAGUGAGCUAACUGCUAUGGCGGCGUUGUGUGUUUCUUUGCCGAGGACAGUAGUCAGUUGUAGGGGUCCAGGGCUUGGGCAGCUCACAGGCUGCCAUCUUGCGACCAGGCUUAGAAGCCCUUGGAGAGAACCAAAGGGGCUGGAGUUCAAUCUCAGAGCGUCGAAGCAUCUGAGGGUGUGGACAGUUUGUGCUUCGCUUGAGACAAGGCGCAAUGUGGAAUCGACAAGGAAAGGUGCUCCAUUGCUAGUCGAAGGAGCAACAGAUGGAGACGCUAAGUGGGUGGCGGUGCCGGACAUUUGGAGAACGGCAGCAGUGAAAUAUGGUGAGCGCGUUGCGCUGGUCGACCCACAUCGCGAUCCUCCGGCGGAAUUAACGUUUUCUCAGGUUGAGGAAGCUAUAUUGAAUUUUGCGGAAGGGCUUCGUGCAGCCGGGAUCCAACCCAACCAAACAGUGGCUCUCUUUGCAGAUAAUUCGUACCGGUGGUUAAUUGCUGAUCAAGGGAUACUGGCAGCAGGUGCAGUAAAUGCUGUAAGAGGCUCUAGAUCAUCAGCUGAGGAGCUUCUGUAUAUCUACUCCCACUCAGAUAGUGUAGCGUUGGUGAUUGACAAUGCGGAGCUUUUCAAGAAACUCGCACCCAUGUUGCGAGAGAGCGCAAAGGUGAAAUUUGUUGUGCUUCUAUGGGGGGAUAAACAAUCCAUUGUCUCGACGAAUGGCUCUUUCCUGAAAGAUACCCCAAUUCACACGUUCGAUGAGUUUGUCGAAUUGGGCGAAGGAAGCCGUGAAACGAGCUCAGAACAAGUGCACGAGAAGAUCCACUCGGACGACACUGCUACUUUAGUAUAUACGAGUGGAACUACCGGAAAACCUAAAGCUGUAAUGCUCACGCAUGGCAACCUUCUCCACCAGGUGAUCAACUUGUGGUCAGUGAUACAACCCUCACCUGGCCAGCGGUUUUUGACAAUCCUCCCACCAUGGCAUAUGUAUGAGCGCUCGUGCGAGUAUUUCUAUCUCUCUCGUGGUGUCAAUCACGUGUAUACGAGUGUCAAGAGCUUGAAGGAGGAUUUGGUGUUGUACAAACCGGAUUACUUUGUUGCUGUGCCGCUUGUCUUCGACCUCCUUUACAAUGGAGUUCAGAAGCAGUUGAAUGCGGCAACAGGUUUUCGAAAGACUUUGGCAAUGGCGCUCAUAAGCAUCAGUACGAAGUACAUGGAUGCAAAACGUGUUGCCCAGGGUAGAGACCUUGCAAGCGCGCGAAAGAAGCAGCCAAUCUUUACGGCAGCUAAAGAAUGGCUAGCGGCCAUGGUUGUGAUGUCAAUUUUACUACCUCUUCACUUAAUCACGAAACUAUUAGUUUUCAAAAAAAUUCGGGCAACACUCACUAUGGGAACGGCAAUUAGCGGCGGCGGAAGCCUGCCCACCCAUGUAGACAAGUUCUUCGAGAUGAUCGGCAUUCCAGUACUCAACGGUUACGGCUUGACAGAAACUUCGCCAGUUCUCUCCUGUCGACUGCCUUACAACAAUAUAUUGGGUUCUGUAGGGAUACCCAUACCUGGUACGCGUGUGAAGAUAGUGGAUCCAGAGACGAAUAGGCAACUGGGUCCAGGAAUCAAGGGCCUUGUCAAAGCCAGCGGUCCUCAAAUUAUGAAGGGAUAUUACAAGAAUGAAGAAGCAACAAAGAAAGCGAUAGAUCCAGAAGGAUGGUUUGAUACUGGUGACCUCGGUUGGAUUGCGCCGAAGAUGGGCAUUGGUUGUGCUCGACGCUGCGGUGGAGUAUUGAUCUUGGAUGGCCGAGCCAAAGACACUAUAGUUCUCUCAACAGGAGAGAAUGUGGAACCGACAGAGAUUGAGGAAGUUAUGUCUCAAAGUUCUCUGAUUCAAAACAUUGUCGUACUAGGGCAGGAUCAACGGCGACUCGGGGCACUCGUGGUUGCCAACAAAGAUGAGUUAUAUGCGGCGGCCAAGGAGCGGAUGCAAGCGAAAGGAAACACUGCCGAGCCUUCAGACGCUGAUUUGCGGGCGUGCAUACGAGAGGAACUGAGAACCUAUGGUGCUGGCUGCUCACAUUCAGUAGCAACAUUUGAGAUCCUCUAUGAGCCAUUUACGGUUGAAAAUGGAUUUCUCACUCCCACAAUGAAGGUUAGGAGAGACGUUGUGACUGCCAAGUACAAAGAACAAGUUAAUGCACUUUUCAAGUGAUCUUAUGCGUAGCACAAUGAAGCUCUGCAUCCACAAGCUACGCCAUGCUACUGGACUAAGUACAGCAGCAAGAGCAAGAGCAAGCAAAAUGAAGUGUGUUGAAGUGCAGAUACCAAUCCUCAGCUGCACGUUUACAAAAGUAGUUUGGACUGAAACAUUUUGUAUGCCUGGACUAUUUCGUCACUUCCUAUAAUGGACCCAGAGACUUUUGCCACAA